UCGACUCCACCCUUGAACGGCGGCCAUUACAACAGCGAUUGAAAGCUUCAAAAUUCCUCUGUAUCUCGUCGAUCGAGUAACUAAACUCGCGUUUGCGAUCUGGGUUGUCGAAAACCUAGCCGGAACAGGUUUUAGGGUUUUGAAAGAAGAUGGGAAAAGCAAAGAAGAAGAAUGGUCCUAAAUUCGCUGUAAUGAAGAAGAUAGUCACUUCUAAGGCAAUUAAAGAGCAUAAAGAAGCUGUUUUGAAUCCUAACAAGAAAGAUUUGACACUUGAAAAGCUUCCUAGAAACGUACCCUAUAUUUCAUCUGCUCUUUUCUUCAAGUAUAACACUGCUUUAGGACCACCUUAUCGUGUUCUGAUUGAUACCAAUUUUAUUAAUUUCUCCAUUCAGAAUAAAUUGGAUUUGGAGAAAGCAAUGAUGGAUUGCUUGUAUGCAAAGUGCACUCCUUGUGUAACAGACUGUGUGAUGGCUGAGCUUGAGAAGUUAGGUGUGAAGUAUCGAGUUGCUUUGAGGAUAGCGAAGGAUCCUCGGUUUGAAAGACUUCCUUGCACACACAAAGGAACAUAUGCUGAUGAUUGUCUCGUUGAUAGAGUUACUCAACACAAAUGCUACAUAGUUGCCACAUGUGAUAGAGAUCUGAAACGAAGGAUUCGCAAGAUUCCAGGUGUGCCCAUCAUGUAUAUCACACAACACAAGUAUUCAAUUGAGCGAUUGCCCGAAGCUACAAUUGGUGGAGCUCCAAGGAUUUAAAUAGGAAAAUGGAUGGUUUUGCGGAUGAGAUUGCAAAUCGGAAACUACUUCCGUGGAAUUUCUUACUUUUUGUAUUGAUAGAUCGUUUUGGAGCAUUUAAAGAUUUUUGUAUGGUUUCGUAAGUCGAAUUUGAUAUAGUUUUGUUUUAUUAAUCGACGAAGAACCAUUGUUGAUUUGAGACAAGGCUAUUAUUUCCGAAAACAUAUGUAUACAAGUUGUUCUAUGAAGGCCAAAUUUUGUUUAGUUU